AUGUCACAUGAAAACGAAAAGUUCCUACUUCACGAAGACCAUAGUAGGCCGAGCGAUAUGGUUUUUGACCAGCAUCUGCGGGAUCAUAAGGCGUGCUGCGCGUCGGAAAAUGGAUGUCGAUCCUCGGAACACCACCUUCGCAUUCCGACCUUUCUUUUGUCGCCUACGUAUAUCCUCAUUUUGCACAUUUUCUGCUUCCUACUUGGGAUAUCCCUUGUUUUGAAAACCAUUGGAGGAGUUACUGAUGUCAGUAGCUACUACUCGGACUGGGUCCCUAUCUCCCAUGAGCUGCUACGUGAAGAGGCAUUGGACACGCCAGAGACCAAAUUCACAGGAUUGCCAAAUGAUGUUAACACGAAAGCCUGGGAUGAUCUCAUAACGCGUGAGUAUUCUCUUCAAAUUAUUGGGGGAUCUAAAUACUGA